CACCUUCGUUGGUUGGUAGCACUGCGCUACUGUAUAAUAAGAAGGGUUGGUCGCCUAUCUGCGUGGAACUACUAUUCCCAGAAUGCAAUUGCUGGUCUUUGUUUCCGGAAAACAUCCGCUCAGGAUGGACACACAUGAACUCAAAAGGGUUGGAGAGGGAGAUGCGGAGAAACACGAACCGGAUGAGAACAACGUUUGUUCACUCACUCUGGGUCCGGGGUUGAUGUUGGAUGGUUCCACCGUAGCCUCUCGUUUUCUGCACGUAGAGUUGGAGUUGAACGUUCACCUUCGCCGGCUGUCGUUCAGUGAGCCCGUGCACUACAUCUACAACCCGCUGGAGUAUGCCUGGGAACCGCACCGCUGCUUUGUUGAGACGUACUGUGGCGGCGGACAGAGUAUUCUCUUUCUGGGAAUGAACCCGGGACCCUUCGGAAUGGCUCAGACCGGGGUACCCUUUGGUGAGGUAAACUAUGUCCGUGAUUGGCUGAAAAUCACUGGGGAGGUGGGACAUCCCCCUUUGGAGCACCCAAAGCGACUAAUCAAAGGCCUGGCCUGCAUUCAGAGUGAAGUGAGUGGUGCCCGUUUCUGGGGCUUCUUCCGCAAGCUGUGUGGUGAGCCAGAUGUGUUCUUCCGCCAUUUCUUCGUACACAACCUGUGCCCACUUAUGUUCAUGGGUACCACCGGCAAGAACUUAACACCCCCCGAGCUGGUCAUUGGGGAACGUGAGGCCCUCCUGGCUCUCUGUGACACGGCACUGUGCCAGGCUGUGGCUGCCCUUGGCGUCACCAUGGUGAUUGGGGUUGGCAGAGUGGCAGAGCAGCGAGCGCGGCGAGCCCUCUCUGCGGCGGGCAUGGAGGUACGGGUGGAGGGCAUCAUGCACCCAUCCCCCAGGAACCCGUUGGCCAAUAAGGGCUGGGAGGCGGUAGCCAAGGCCAAGCUGGAGGAACUGGGUGUCCUAUCCCUGCUGACCAUGUGACCCCCUAGCUAAUCAGCCUCCAUGAGCGAAUACUGUAUUUGCUGUAUGCUGGCCUGGGGGUAUAAGUUGCCCGCUGGCACAGAUCUAGGGUCAGCUUACCCUUUCCAAAUCCUAACCUUCAUCUUUAGGGGGAAGAACACAUCACCCAGGCCCUCUCACCCAGCGGUCCCCCCCCCCACCCCCAGAGCUCUCAUGUUUAUAGGUCAUGUGGAGAAAUACUGCAUCACAAUGACUCUCCUCAGAUGCUGUUAUAUCCAUUACAGAGAACAUACAUUAUGUCUGUAUGUACUUUACUGUGGUGUGUACUGCCUCACAGCAUGUCGACAGGUACUCAUCUCUGACUGUUGUGAGGACAUUCUGUAGCAUAUUACCUGGAAGUAGUUCCAGAGACUAAUGAAUAAAUUAAACGUUUUAUAAUGAUAUCAUUUACAACAAUUAUAAGAUUACAGAUGUUCAGGAUUACAGUAGAUACUGUAUACAGGUUUAGGAGGAGCUUACCUUAGGUCUUUUAAUAGCUCUGUUGCUAUCAGACUGGUGAUGUAACUGACCAGUUAGUCUAGAAUAGGUUUUAGUUUGUUCUUCAGAGUUAUUUUCACUGUUAAAUGACAAUGUGUUGUAAUUUGUUAUCAAGAAAAAUAAGUCAUGUUGCAGUAGUUUUAUUAUUUUCUUCUCUGUCUCGACAGAGGUUUGAAAAUUUGGAGUUAAUGUGGGCUAGUUUUUUUCUUAUUUUUUGGCCCAUUGUAACAACAUUGCUAAAGCAAUGUUUCUCAUUUGGUCAAUUUAGUACAUGUUCAAGCCAACCAUUGUUGCUUGGCUGAUGCUUUAUGCAUGCGGAUGCCCUGUCCUUACCUGUUACAUCUUAGCAGGUCUUACCAUGUUGACAUCCUAUGAUUAUUACUAAGCAAAAUUCUGACCUUCAAGUUCCUAUACCCACAUUACUGCAUAGCUAGGUAUAAAGCCAUCUCUAUAAUGUUUGUACUGGGACGACGCCCCAAUAGGUCAUGCAUAAUUAGAAGAAGCCCUUGACAUACAUGCCAAUCAAAUGGUCUUGCACCAUGCUGUUAUAGCUCUCAGCUCUGCAGGAGGCUAAGCUUGUAAUGGAAAAGGGACUAAAGUGUUUCCCUUGCAGGUUUCUCUCCGAUGAUGCUUCCUCCCUUACACAACAUUCUGUACACCUCAGGCAAAAUUCCACAGGUCAGGUGAUCAAGCUUUCUGUGUGCCACUCUACAUGUGUGAACCUAAAUCAGGUGUUCCCUUAAUAAGAAUGAUCGUUUUAGAUAUGCAUGGAAUUAAUCUUAUGCUAUUGCCUUGUAAUGCACUUUAGUGUGUACCUGAUGUUAGUGUUUAAAAAUAAACUCAUCAACAACAACAAAAAAGUC